GAAGCUUUAGGGUAUUUCUCACCAACUCGUUGCCGCUUAUAAGGUUCUUUAUCUCGAAUCAUACGUGGACAUAAUUAUUUGGAUAAUAAAUAGAGGAAGUUUAUAAUUAGUCUAAUGCAAAAUGAGUACCGCAACACUGAAACGUGACGAAAUCCUUCUGCUUUUUGACGUGGAUGGGACUUUAACUAUGCCCAGAUCUGUAGUCACUCCACAGUUUGAGGAGUUCUUUUACACAAAGGUGAAACCCAGGGCGACCAUCGGAAUUGUUGGAGGAUCCGACCUGGAAAAGAUGUUCGAACAGCUGAAUGGUCAGAAGAUCCUCAACGAGUUUGAUUUUAUAUUCCCGGAGAAUGGAUUGGUGCAGAUUGAAGGUGGAAAGGAGGUGGGCAAGCAGAAUAUUAUCAAGCAUCUGGGAGAGGAUACUCUGAAACGGUUCAUCAACUUUGUCCUGAGGUAUCUAUCCGAGCUGGAUGUGCCCAUUAAGAGGGGAACCUUUAUCGAGUUCCGAAACGGUAUGAUGAACGUAUGUCCCAUCGGAAGGCAGUGCACUAGGGAAGAGCGGAAUACUUUCGCGGCCUACGACAUUGAACACAAGGUGCGGGAGAAAAUGAUCAAGGACCUCAAGAAGGAAUUUGCUGAUGUGGAUCUCACGUACUCUAUUGGUGGUCAGAUAAGUUUUGAUGUCUUUCCCCAUGGUUGGGAUAAAACCUACUGCCUGCGUCAUAUCGAAGCCUAUUAUAAGUUUAAGGAAAUCCACUUCUUUGGUGAUAAAACGGAACCGGGCGGCAAUGAUUAUGAGAUUUACAGCGAUCCUCGAACUAUCAGCCAUAGGGUAUAUACUCCCGACGACACUCAACGCAUUCUUACGGAGAUUCUUGAGUUGUGAGACAAUUGAGCUUACUUUAAAAUAUUCCAUUUUGAUAUAUGUGUACGAUUGUUAAACAAAUUUAAUAUAUAGUCAUUUGAAAGUA